AUGAGUCCUCGUACACCUCCAACUUUUCUUCUAGUACCGGGCUCCUGGCAUCGGCCAUGGUCUUAUGACCUUUUGCGCGACGACCUCCACGGUCGGGGCUUCAGUACUGAAACGGUUACCUUGGCCUGCGUGGGUAGCACCGAUGCGAACGUGGGACUUGAGCAAGACACGGCAGCCGUCCGCACCGAGCUGCAAAAGCUCGUCGAUGACGGACGUGAGGUCGUCGUGGUUGCGCAUUCCUACGGCGGCGUCCCUACCGCGAACGCGGUAGAGGGCUUCAACUACAAGGAUCGCGCUGCACAGAAGAAAACGGGCGGCGUUCUCAUGGUCGUGUACAUGGCUUCGUUUGCUAUUAGUGCUGGAUCAUCUUUGUCCGACGGCGCUGGUUUACCUUCCUGGUGGGACGUCAAGGACGGCUUCAUCUCACCUCUCGACCCGAUCCGUGUCUUUUACGCCGACGUCAAGCCCGCUCUCGCCGCCAAGGCAGUUGACGCUUUGCGCCCCCAGCCUCUUAGGACAUUUUUAGACAAGUCCGGGUUCGAACCUUGGAACGAGGGGUUCGAGAUGGGAUACAUUUUUGCCGAGAAUGACCAAGCCAUACCUCUCGACCUGCAGAUCACGAUGGCAUCUCAAUUCUCUCCCAGCUCUUUCACGGCCAGCCUUUCGGCCAGCCACUCACCGUUCUUGAGUAUGCCCAAAGAUCUUGGAGAAGCUCUGCAGCAAGCGGCGAAAACGGCAGUCGCAAAGACUGAGGGCUUGAGAGAACGUAAAUAG